AUGCGGCUGCUGUCACUGCUCCUGCUCCUGGGGCUCUGCUGCCUCUGGGCUCGGCUGGUGUCCACAGCUGUCAUCACCAUCAUCAUCACCAUCAGGACCACCGUCGUCGUCGUCGUCGUCGUCGUCAUCAUCAUCGUCAUCAUCAUCAUCAUCAUCAUCAUCUCCGUUGUCAUCGUCAUCGUCGUCACUGUCAUCACUGUCAUCAUUGUCACCAUUGUCAUCACCGUCAUCAUCGCCAUCAUCGUCACCAUCAUCAUCACCAUUGUCGUCACCAUCAUUGUCAUCAUCAUCCUCAUCAUUGUCGCCAUCAUCAUUGCCAUCACCAUGCUCAUUUUUCUCAUCAUCGUCAUCAUCACCAUCAUCACCACCGUCAUCAUCCUCCCCGCUGUCACCCUGCACAGCUUCACGGACCCCGCUGUAUCCAUGGACCUGCUGCGAGCUGUCCUGCAGCCCAGCAUCAAUGAGGAAAUCCGGGCCAUCUUCAACAAGUACAUGAAGUUUUUCCAGAAGGCAGCAAUCAACGUGCGUGAUAAUGUUGGAGAGGAGGUGGACCCAGAGCAGCUUAUCCAGGAGACAUGUCGGAGCUGCCUGGAGCAGGCCAAACUGCUGUUCUCUGAUGGCAAAAAGGUUGUUCCCAGGUUGCCCCAUGAGCAGGCGGUACCAAAGCGUGCCCGACAGAUGGAUGAGGAGCUGAAUCGUCGAGGGAGCCCCAUUCCCAAAAAGAGAAAGGGGCGGCCUCCAGGACAGAGCCUGUCAAACGAUCGUGGGGUCUCAGGCAUGGCUGCGUGGAAACUCAAAGUCUCUGAGCCCGUGAGAAGGGAUGGACCAAAGUGGGAUCCAUCCCGACUGACUGAAACCACAACCUUUGUGCUGGGAUCUCGAGCAAACAAAGCUCUCGGGAUGGGAGGAACAAGAGGGCGACUCUACAUCAAGCAUCCCCACCUCUUUAAGUACGCAGCCGACCCGCAAGAUAAGCACUGGCUGGCAGAGCAGCAGCACAUGAGGGCCACUGGGGGCAAGAUGGCUUACCUCCUCAUCGAAGAGGACAUUCGGGAUUUGGCUGCCAGUGAUGAUUACAGGGACUCUGUCGACCUGCGGCUGGAGGAGCUGAAGCCCUUCGUCCCACCGGCGUGGAUGACGGAGAAGAUGCAGAAGCACAUGGAGACGCUUCGCUGUGGGGGGGAUGUGCCGCCCCCAGAGGGUCCCCCAGAGCCCUGA